UCACGUCAGUACAGUAUCAACAAAUCUGGUGAAAGAAGUUAGCGGCACAGAUUUAUAGAUUAAAAGUGUUUAUAUUCAUACUGUUACAACCUGUUAAACUAGAUAUAUGAGCUGUAGUCUGUCUGCGGCUGAAAGAUAAAGUCACACUGUAAAGAAAAAAAGGAUGCUGGAUUUAGAAACAUCGAUCACAACAACAACCGAUUAAAGAUCUGCAUAAUGAAGCGAUCAUGACUGGACCCUGACUGCAACCUCUCUGCGUCUCUCUCGAGUUAAAAAGGCUGGAAAAAUGAGUGCUGUCGGGCUCUGUGGAGAAUCAAGGCUUUCCCAAAGGCUUUGAUAUGAAGUCUCAGAUGUCCUGCUUGCUCUGUCUGCUCAGUGUGAGUCUGCCUCUGCUCUUCUGGUUUGGACAUGUGAUCAGACGGGACGGUCCUCCACCUGUGGGACCAAGCACCGGGCUCAACGGGUACAUGAGGAUCACCCCAGGCGGGAUGGACCAGUUCCUGGACAAGCGCUGCAACCAGUGUGCCUUGGUCUCCAGCUCAGGUCAGAUGCUUGGAGCUGGUGUUGGAGAAGAGAUAGACAACAUCGGAUGUGUGAUCCGGAUGAACAACGCACCCACUCUGGGGUUUGAGGGAGACGUAGGGACCCGCACAAGUAUUCGUGUUGUGUCACACACCAGUGUUCCCCUGUUGGUAAAAAACGAGCACUACUAUUUCCAGCAAUCGGCAGACACCACAUAUGUGGUCUGGGGUCCUGAAAGGAACAUGAGGCAGGACGGGAAAGGCCGCAUCUUUAAUACACUACUGAAAGUUACAAUGAAGUAUCCCAACGUCCGAAUCUACGCUGUGACCAGAGAGAAGAUUCAGUAUUGUGACAGCGUGUUUCAGAAUGAAACUGGAAAGAACAGAAUGAAAACAGGGGCGUUUCUCAGCACCGGAUUCUUCGCAAUGAUUCUGGCUAUAGAUAUGUGUGACAGCAUCCACGUUUAUGGGAUGAUCGAUGAUAACUACUGCAGUCGAGCCAAUCACAGUGUUGUUCCUUACCAUUACUACGAGAAGAACAGAAUUGAUGAAUGCAAGAUGUACAAGGUCCAUGAGCACACACAACGCGGGGGGCACCGAUUCAUCACUGAAAAGGCCAUUUAUGCCAGAUGGGCAACACGCCACAAGAUGGAGUUUAAACAUCCCUCAUGGAACUUUUAACGAUGGAAAUCCAAAAGCUGUCCUUUGACUCUUCAGGUGGUAUUCAAUUUUACUGGCUUUCGGUCACCACUGCUGAACAUUUUUAGCGUUAGCCGAGAACUUUAUCAAAUACUUCAAUUUGUUACUGGAGCUUUUAUAUGGAGUAUGACUUUUUUUACCAGCUCAGCAGUUUUUAGAAAGAAGAAAGAAAGAAGCCACAUUUGAUGCUGGCUCUUUUUGGGUCAACUUAUCUGCAAUUACUGAUAAAAAGUAUUACAUUUGUUUUGUAUGCUUAAAAUGCCAUAAGUAUUUAACUGGUGUUAAAGUACUGCUGUCAGUAUUACUGAAUAUUUCCGUUGUGUUUAGCCAUGUAUCAGUCACUAAAGUAGACUCUAAAACCAAUGUAUACCAAAGCUUACAAUUUUAAGUUGAUUUUGAAAUGUGCCUUUACUUUAUGCCACCUGUGUAAUUUAAAGCUGCUGUGAGACAGGAAGUGUAUUCAUAUUCCUGUUGUCCUCUCUGUUAGUUGGUCAGUGUGUUAUCUACGACUGCAGCGAUUAGUCAGUUAAUUAAUUAGUCAGUUGUCAGAAAAUGAAUCAUCAACUAUUUUGAUAAUCGAUUAAUUAUUUUCUCAAGAAAAAAUGUCCAAAUGCUUUAAUUUAUUUUUUGAAAACAUCAACAGAUAAAUUAUUGAAAAGCGUUAGUUACAGCCCUUAAUUUAGCUUCAGAACUAGCCUUGAAGUGGAGACAAGUUCAGCGCUUAAAGGCAUACUAUGCAGGAUUUGUCGGUUACUGUUUGUAAGCACGUUUAAAGUUGGUGUUCGCUGGGAGCUACACACCCACGACCAAAAAGUUGAUUCCCAUAAAUGUCCCUAACACUGCAAAAUAAUAAGACAUACAGGCAGGGGGCAGUAGAGGGCUGUAGACACAUACACUGCCCCACACUUCUAAAGGGUCAGAAGUAAUGAUUUUUUACUUUUGUAUGAGUCUAUACUGGGUUUUUUUAGGGAGGG